GGCAUGCGUACCCGCUGGGAGGCGGGGCCUAGAAUUCUCGCGGGCGCGGCCCCCCCCACCCAUCGUGCGGAGCGUGCGCAUGUGCCGGCUCCCGGCGAGGGCGAAGGAAGGGUCCGCUCGGCGCAUGCGCGUUGCCCCGGAGACGGGGGGCCCCGGCAGUGAGACGGGGCGGCAGAGCGGCCGCAGGCUGGUUCCGGGCGCGGGGCAUUGUGGGAUCGCGGCGGUGCCAGGAGACCCAGGGGGGGCCCGGGCGCCAUGUUCUGGAAGUUCGACCUGCACUCCAGCUCGCACAUCGAGACGCUGCUGGAGCGAGCCGACCUGACGCUGCGCGAGCUGCUGGACGAGGACGAUGUGCUGCAGGAGUGCAAGGUGGUGAACCGCCGGCUGCUGGACUUCCUGGUGCAGCCGCAGCACAUGGAGGCGCUGGUGACCUGCGUGACCGAGGAGCCCCCCGCCGAGCUGGACGAGCGGCUGCGCUACAAGUACCCCAGCGUGUCGUGCGAGAUCCUGACGUCAGACGUGAGCCCGAUCACGGAUGCGCUGGGCGAGGACGAGGGGCUGCUGCGGCGUCUCUACGGCUUCCUGCAGGGCCACGGGGUCCUGAACCCGCUGCUGGCCAGCUUCUUCAGCAAGGUCAUGGGCAUCCUCAUCAACCGCAAGACAGAUCAGAUUGUGGCCUUCCUGCGCAAGAAGGACGAUUUCGUGAGCCUGCUGCUGCGGCACAUCGGCACCUCGGCCAUCAUGGACCUGCUGCUGCGCCUGCUGACCUGCGUGGAGCAGCCGGUGCUGCGCCAGGACGUCUUCAAUUGGCUGAACGAGGAGAAGAUCGUGCAGAGACUGAUCGAGAUGAUUCACCCCUCGAAAGACGACAAUCAACAUUCCAACGCCUCCCAGUCCCUGUGUGACAUCAUCCGACUGAGCCGGGAGCAGAUGAUGCAGAUCCAGGACAGCCCCGAACCCGACCAGCUGCUGGCCACGCUGGAGAAGCAGGAGACGGUGGAGCAGCUGCUGGGGAACAUGCUGGCGGGCGAGCGGGACGAGUCCGUCAUCGUCAGCGGGAUCCAGGUGCUACUGACGCUGCUGGAGCCGCGCCGAGCCAGGUCCGAGGCCGGGGGGAUGGGCAGCUUUUACUGCCCCCUGGAAGGGCAGCUGGAGCUGGGGCCUCUGGGCUCGGACGGCAGCGCCUGCCAGGCCAGCCCCAGCACCCUCCUGGCCCUCAGAGGUUACCUCCGGGACUUCCACCAGCUGCUGAUCGACCCCCCGAAGCGCCCGGCCCUGCAGAUGACGUGGGGGCUGCUGGACCCGCCGCUGGGGAACACGCGGCUGCAGGUGGUGAAGCUGCUGGGCAGCUCGCUGGGCGCGGGGGACACGGGGCUGCAGGAGGAGCUGCUGGGCCUGGACGCCCUCAACACCAUGCUGGACCUGUAUUUCAAAUACACCUACAACAAUUUCCUGCACGCCCAGCUGGAGGCGUGUCUGAGCACCCUGCUGCGGGCCGGCGCCCCCCCCGAGGACUCGCAGCCCCCCCCAGACAGCCCCGUCGUCAAGCAUCUGCUGCAGAAAUGCCGCCUGGUGCAACGAAUCCUGUCGGCCUGGGAGGAGAACGAGCAGACGCAGGCGGCCGGAGGCCGGCGGAGGGGCUACAUGGGCCAUCUGACGCGCAUCGCCAACGCCCUCGUGCAGAGCUCCGAGAAGGGCCCUCACGUCGCCCUCGUGGGGCAGCUGCUGAAAGAGCUGCCGGAGGAGGAGCAGGAACAGUGGGAGAAAUUCGUCUCGGGGCCCCUGGCAGAGACCAACAAGAAAAACGUGGUGGAUCUGGUGAACAUGCACAAUCUGCACUCGUCCAGCGACGACGAGGAAAACGACCUGAAGGAGUUCAACUUCCCCCAGGAGGCUGUGCUGCAGCAGGCCUUCGUGGAUUACCAGAUGCAGCAGGUGACCUCGGCCUUCAUCGACCACUUCGGCUUCAACGACGAGGAAUUCGGGGAGCAGGAGGAGAGCGUCAACGCCCACUUCCGCCAACUCAAGAGUGCCCCCUUCGACAGGACGGGCAGCCUGAGCUUCUCGCUGAGCGCCGACGAUGACAGUCCCAACUCCAACCUCUUUGAAGUCUGCUACAAGGAGCGGAUCCAGCAGUUUGACGACGACGACUCGGACGGGGAGGACGCCUGGCAGGAGAAGGAGCUGGGCUACUCCGGGGGGGGCCCGCAGCCCGCAGGACCCAGCAGGAGCUGCGGCAGCACGGACAGCGAGGGCAGCCGGGACUCGGAGGAGGAGGAAGACGCGGGCGGGGGCGAGGAGGGCGGAGGCGGUGGCGGCGGCGAGGCCGAGGGGGCCAGCCCUGACCCGGAGCCUGCCGAGGCCCCCGCUCGGCCCCCCCCCAGCGGCGGGGUGGACACUGGAGUGGCCGUGUGGGACAGGCCCGGCUCGGACGCCUCCCGCCCCCCCACGGAAGGGAGCUGGGCCCUGUUUUCAGAGACGCCCUCAGCGCAGACCAGCCUGUCAGAUGCCCCGUCAGGCUCUGCCCAGGGACCCCACCCUCAGGAACCGACAAGCAGCAAUGUAUCUUCAGGGGGAGCAGCCCCCCCGGAGCCCCCCCGUGCGGGAUCGCCCUGCGAGAGCAGCGACCUGGCGCUGAACGGCCAAUCGGCGCCUCCGCCCGGCCCCGCCGCAGCCAGGCCGAACACGGAAGGGGCCCCCCUAUCUACCUCUGACGGCCCCCAGCGGCUCCCGGGGGCUGCGGCCGCCCCCAAGGCGGAGAACGGCGCCCCCCAGAGGCAGCAGCAGCCAGCAGCCAGAUAAAGCUCGCGGAGGGCGCCUGGGGAAGCUGCUGAUCGUGGGGGGGCUGGGGGGAGCCCCCCCCCGAAGCCCGGCCCGCCCACGGAGAGCUCAUUCCCGCGGGGGGGGCAGCAUAGGACGGGGGGGUCACAGUCCCCCCCAUCACAGGAUGCUCAUGGCGAGAUGGCUGAGCGCCCCCCAGGGAGGCUGGUGUGAGCCCCCCCGGCAUGGCCCCCCCCUUUUUGCACUGAAAUCGGCGGCUGAGCGACGGAAUUCAAAGCGAAUUGUUCGGAUAAGUGACUCUGGGAAGCACUAACACCCCCCCACCUCCCACGCCGGCCCCCCACCGGGCUUCCAACCCUCGAGGUUAGCGGCCCCCGGGCCCCCCCUCCAGCCUGCCUCGUCUGGGGGGCCCCUCCCCACACAGAUUAGAUCCCCCCCCCCCCGCAGUUCCAGCAUAAGCACAACCCCAACUCUUCCCCCCCCCCGCCCUUCUGUGUCAAGUCCAGGGCCUCAGCCUGGGGUGGGGCUCUGCCCCCCGGAGCCCAGCUUAGUUGGGCGGAGGGGAAGAAAUGCUGGAGGGAGGGAGUGGGGCAGGACUAGGAGCCCUUGGGGGUGGGGCCAGGGACCAUUGGGGGCGGGGUUGGGCAUGGGUAGGCGGGGCCCGAGGGGGUGGUGAGUGCGGUGGGUCGGGCUGGGGGGGUUGCGGGGGCCACUACAAGGGAGGGGUGGAACUCAGGGCUGUGGGGCAGGUCCCUGCCCCUCCCGCCCCCCCCCCCCAAGCUGGUUCUGUGACCCCUUUAACCUCAUGUUUUCCACUCCCCAUUGUUAUUUAUUUCCCUGGCCUGGGGGGCUGGAGGUGUUGGGGGGCAGAGAUGGGUCACGCCCCAGGAAACGGCACCAGCCGGUCAGAGGAAGUUCCCCUCCCACCCCACCCUGGCUGGUUUUCAAGGGGGGGGAGAGGGGAUCCAAAUAGCCCCCAAUGCUCCCCCCCCCCCACCCCAGACUCAGUAGCCUCCCUUCCUGGAUCCCACUGCUGGCACCAGCUCAGACUACAGCCCGUCUGCGGGGGAGCGGGGCCACCUGCCCCCCACCUCCAUGGGGGCCUGCAGACACCUCCAGCUGUGUCGUCCCGUUCUCCUCCCCCCCCCCCCAAUGGAAGGUCUAGGAGGAGGAUCUGGGCCCCAGCCCAACCCCCACUCUGAUGGUCUCCCCUCCAUAUGCCCCGGUGGGGGGGCUUAACUCUGUUGACCCUCCCCACAUUUGGGGGGGGGGGUGUAUCUG